UGCGGCGCUGCUGUUUAAACACACACACAGGCGAGCCAGGCAGCUAACCAUGGUGAAUGUAAAGAAACGGAAAGGUCGGGUCGUGAUUGACUCUGACUCGGAGGAUAGUGCAAGCGAUGAUAAUUUGGAUCAGGAGCUGCUGUCUCUUGCCAAGAGAAAGCGUGUGGAUUCUGAUGAACAGGAAGAGCCUGUUAAUAAACCUGCCGCCUCCACAGACUCUGAGACAUCAGACAGCGAUGAUGAGUGGACUGUUGGAGGCACUAAAACCAAAAAGAAAGGGAAGCCUAGCAAAGGGCCUGAAAAAAAGAACACAGUCAAGAAACGAAAGGGCAAGACGGCUUCAUCCGGCAGCUCAAAUGGAGACAGUUCAGCAGAGAGUUCGGCUCCAGAAGAAGGUGAGGUGUCGGACUCCGACAGUAACAGCUCAUCCUCCAGCUCGGAUUCUGACUCGUCGUCAGAAGAUGAGGUUUUCCGCGAUGGUUAUGGAGACGACCUAAUGGGGGAUGAGGAGGACAGGGCCCGUUUGGAGCAGAUGACGGAAAAAGAAAGAGAACAGGAGCUGUUUAACCGUAUAGAGAAGAGAGAAGUCCUCAAGAGGAGGUUUGAAAUCAAGCAAAAACUGAAGACGGCAAAGAAGAAAGAAAAGGAAGAAAAGAAGAAGAAACAGGAGGAGGAGCAGGAGAAGAGAAAACAGUCUCAGGUCCCUGACACUCAGGUGGUGAUGUCCCAUAACAAAGAGAGACGGAUCAAGAGAGACGAGAAGCUGGACAAGAAGUCACAGGCCAUGGAAGAGCUGAAAGCAGAAAGAGAGAAGAGGAAAAACAGAACUGCUGAGCUCCUUGCCAAACGGCAGCCACUGAAGACAAGUGAGGUCUACUCAGAUGAUGAAGAGGAGGAGGAAGAUGAUGAUGACAAGUCUUCAGUAAAGAGUGACCGCAGCUCAAGAUCAUCAUCUUUUGAUGAAGAGGAGGAGAAAGAGGAGGCUCCGCCCAAGUCCCAGCCAGUGUCAUUACCAGAUGAACUGAAUCGGAUCCGGCUGUCCCGGCACAAGCUGGAGCGCUGGUGUCACAUGCCGUUCUUUGCUAAAACUGUCACUGGUUGUUUUGUUCGAAUUGGCAUCGGAAACAGCAGCAGCAAGCCUGUUUAUCGGGUGGCUGAAAUCAUUGAUGUGGUGGAGACGGCUAAAGUUUAUCAGUUGGGGUCCACACGGACAAAUAAAGGCCUUCAGCUCCGCACGUUUGCACUGGAAAAC